AAUUUUUCUUUGUAUGAGAUGUCCUGUCCCAUCUAUUUACUUUAUAAUCAUUGGUAUGAUAUACAUUUUUUGGUAUGUCGUAUGCAUAUAAAAUUUGUAUACAGAAUGUGUCCAACUACGACAAAGUUCGUAUCAUCGCUCUUUAUGUGAUGAUUAAAAAUGGAAUUUCGGAGGAAAAUCUAACUAAACUCUUUACACACGCCCAGUUGUCCUCUAAAGAUCAGGAUAUGGUCAGAAAUCUGAGUUAUUUGGGAAUUAAUGUCAUUGCUGAUUCACGAAAAAGUUGUACUCUGUUCCACGAAAGGAAAGGAUAACAGAAAGUACCUAUCAGAUGUCUCGUUGGACACCAGUAAUAAAAGACAUCAUGGAGGAUUGCAUAGAAGAUAAGCUAGAUUUGCGUCAUUUUCCUUUUCUUGAAGAUCGAGCACAAAAUACUAAUUACCACGCGCCAACGAGUGCUCGAUACGGCCACUGGCAUAAAGACAAAGGCCAGACUCAAGUCAAAAAUGUUCCCAGA